AUGAAGUCUUCGUAUAGAAUACUCGUUUACUUGCUGAUAUUAUGUUUCGCGGUUUCAAAUGUUUAUGGUGAAGCACGAAUCUUUGAAGUCUCCGACGUUGAUACUCUAAACAAUUCUUAUAUUAUACAAUAUGAAUCAACGUUAACCUCAAAGAUCACACUAGAUAGAAUUAAAAAUGCUGGAAUAAAAUACACAUUAAGACAAGAUUUAGAAAACAUCAUGAACGGUAUAUCCGUAAAGCUUGAAAAUCAUGAGGAUCUGCAUAAAUGUGCUGAAGUUUCUGGAAUCAACAACAUUUGGCCUGUGAGAAAGUUUCAUCCAAGAUUAUUUACUGCAGAUAAUAUAACGGGCCUAGGCACCUUUCGACAAAAUAGUGGAUUCGAUGGUUCAGGAGUUAAAGUUGGAAUCAUUGAUAACGGACUUGAUUAUAUGCAUCCAGCUUUCGGAAAGUGUUUCAAAACGCCAGGAUGUAAAACGCAAUUUGGUUACGACUUCGUAGGUGAUGGAAAUGUUUUCAAUCCAAAUCCCGACGACGACCCUCUUGAGACAUGCGAAGGUCACGGGACGCAUGUUGCAGGAAUCAUUGCUGCGGACGAUCACGAAAGACAUUUUACUGGUGUAGCCCCUGGAGCUACACUUGGAAUUUACAGAGUUAUCGAUUGUUCUUCAUCAACUACGGAUGACUUAAUUAUUAAAGGAUUGGAAAAAGCGACCGUUGAUGGGAUGGAUGUUAUAAAUAUGUCUCUAGGAGGAAAUUUUCAAGCUUGGGGCGACACACCACUUGGAAUCGUUCUUAACGAUCUGGCUCUUAAAGGCUUUGUCAUGGUUGUUUCUGGUUCAAAUGCUGGUAAUAAUGGAUUAUUUGCCGCAGGUAACCCUGAUUCCACACCUAACGUCAUAACCGUCGGUCACGUGGACAAUUUUCAAUUCUUUUCUUUUGUGUUGAAACCGAGUAACGAUCCAAAAAAGCUAAUUCCUUAUGCUACCACACGUAUAUCUUUGAGGUUUCCAUUUACUGGACCUCAUCCAAUCGUUAUUGCAAACACCACAGAAAACGAACCCGAAUUUGAUGGUUGCGAUCCAUACAAUAAAUCUUUAAACGGCAAGAUCGCUUUAAUACGUCGUGGAGAUUGUGAUGUUCGAUUUAAAAUCGAAAAUGCUGCAGAUGCUGGCGCUACUGCUGUGAUGUUUUAUAAUACCGAUGAUUCAUUACCGGGUACUGUACCUUUAUCAAUCCAUUUUCCAAGCUUAUCAAUCAGUAAAGUAGAUGCUGAAUAUUUGAAAAAGCAAAUUCGAAAGAAUUCCAGCUUGACAGUUUCUUUUCCGGAAAAGGUAAUUGUGAUCCCACUUGAAGAUGCCGGUAAACCUUCAAGAUCAAGUUCGUGGGGUCCAACUUUUGAUAUGGAUAUUAAACCUGAAGUAAUGGCACCUGGAGGUCGUAUAUUCAGUACAUACCCAAGAAAUUUAGGAAGUUAUGCCACCAUUUCUGGAACGUCGAUGGCGGCAGCAUAUGCAUCUGGAAGCAUAGCACUUUAUAUGCAAGCAACGGGAUUAAGGAGAGGAACGAUCGAUCCAAUAAAACUUCGAGAACUUCUUACAUAUACUGCCAAUCCAAUUUACCCCGAUUCAAAAGAUGAAAACGCAAAGAUUCCAAUUUCAGUCGAUAAACAAGGAGGAGGACUUAUUGAUAUUGUUGGAGCAAUUAAAGCAAAAGCACUCAUUAAACCAAGCAAAUUAUUACUUAACGAUUCAGCACAUUUUAAUGGAACUCAAACGAUUAGGAUAAAAAACACGGGGAAAAAGACUACAAAGUUUACAUUUUCGCAUAUUCCAUCAGUUUCGGUAAGAGGAUGGUUUGAUAAUCAGUGGGUUGAUACUAGUUCAUUCGUGAUCGAAAAACGUUUUGCCGGGGUGAAAUUCUCAAAGAAUUCCGUCAUUGUGCGACCUGGGGUAACGACCAAAGUGAAAGUUAUAUUUACCCAGCCCAAAAAUUUGCCGAAUGAUUUUGGAAUUUACUCGGGAUACGUCACAAUAAGCGAUUCGGCUCAACAUCAAACAUAUUCACUCCCAUACUUGGGACUAAAAGGUGAUUUACACUCGCUUCCCACUUUAUCGAAUGAUUCGUAUCCAUUUAUUGAAAGAGCUGAUAACAGAGAACGUUUUGAUCGAGAGGAUCAAAUUGCCCGUUUCACAUUGUUUAAAGGAAACGAACGUGAAGAUGUCCCAGUCUUUCUUUACCUCUUGAAUUUUGGUAGCAGACUAGUCAAGCUAGAAUUGUAUCAUAGAGGAGAUUUUACUCAAACAGGAUAUCUAGGACUUUUGGAAUUAGAUCCAGAUUUUAUAAAUCUUGAUACUACAGCUCCUCGAAAUGGUGGAACCGGAGAUUUUCGAGAUACAUUUAAAAUCUGGAGUUCUGGUGCGGUUUCAGACAUCAAUGGGAAUGUCAUUGUAGUACCGAAUGGACAAUAUCAAGCCUUACUUUCAGUUUUAAGACCUUUUGGAGAUCCAAAUAAACAGGAAGACAUUAUGACUUGGAGAUCUCCUAUUAUUGAAAUUGCGCGGCGAUAA